AUGGGCUUGGUCUACCAUUGUUGCUUCGUAUGUUCUUUGUUAACUCUAUACACUAUAUGUUGUGCAGGACUAAAAGAUGUUGUCAUUGAAACUGAUAUCGUUAAACUAUGGGUGCAACAAGGUGGACGAUUGAAUGAAGAAAUAAAUUUUCUUUCAAAAGUUCAAGAUGAAGCAAAUAGGGUACGCUAUUGCAUCUUACAUUACUUUGUAAAAUAG